AUGAAAACGGAUGUGACGUCAAGAAGCGUUGGUACACAGUCGUGCUUAGACCUCUCUGACCGUAAUCCUCCGCGACCGUUCACACUUCACACCCAGUCGUCGUUAGACGUCAGCAAGCCUAUGAAGGAAAACAAAGCAGCUGAAUCCUUCAAAAGAGCGGAAACGACACCUCGAGAUGAUGCCGACGAUGGAGUGACCUCAAAAAAGUCUCCAACUUCAACAAAACCUAAACCGGCUACAGUGAAUAAAGACAAACAACGAGACACUACCGCGCCAACAGCAGAGUCCUCAAGUGACACCAAUCAUGCUCCGAAGCUAUCCAGCAUUCUGCCAUCGCUGUCGGAGAACUCGUUCUCGGAUGGCGACAUGACACCUCCACUAUCUAUCGUCGACGACUACAAUACAGACCAACAAAGGUCCUCACCGAAAACCACAGAGACAGAGUCUCAGUCUCAGUCUACUGCGCCACCUCUUUCACAAGCAGACACGGCAGCCAAGACGAAGACCUCUCAACCGAAGAAAAAGCAAAGAGACUACGACAGCAAAAUCCACUCGCUUUCCAAGGAGGUAAUUCCGGUUUUCUUUUGUGAAAACAGUUUCGAUGGUUAUACUCGUAGCGUAUGUUACCGGUAA